CAUAGGUUAGAAUGUCAAUUGCUUAACAGGAAUGCGUUUUGAAAGUGCAUAUUUUUCAAUAUUUAUGAUGAUAUCUAUAUUUAAUUACAUUUCGAGGGUACCCAAUAUAUCAAGAAAGCACUUAGAAUGAAACUAAUAGCAAAAAAUGUUACCAAAGAUGGAGAAGGGGAUGUCACCCUUGUCCCUGAAGAACCAGAAGAUAUGUGGCAUGCCUACAACCUCAUAUCAGAGGGAGAUUCUGUUAGAAGUACCACGAUACGUAAAGUUCAAUCAGAAUCAUCCACCGGUUCUUCAACAUCUAAUCGGGUCAGAACCACCCUGACGAUAAGUGUGGAAACAAUUGAUUUUGAUACUCAAGCAUGUAUGCUUCGCUUGAAGGGUAAAAAUAUCGAAGAAAACCAGUUUGUCAAGAUGAAUGCUUAUCAUACUCUAGAACUUGAAAUGAACAGAAAAUUCUCUUUGAGAAAGGCUGAAUGGGAUUCCAUAUCCUUGGAAAGAGUUGAUAUUGCCUGCGAUCCGACAAAAAGCGCAGAUGUUGCCGCUGUUAUUAUGCAAGAAGGCAUAGCUCACAUUUGUCUGAUCACCUCCAGCAUGACCCUUGUUAGGGCGAAGAUCGACAUGAACAUUCCAAGGAAAAGAAAAGGUUUUGUGGCACAGCAUGAAAAGGGCCUUCAAAAGUUCUACGACAAUGUUAUGCAAGCCGUGUUGCGUCACAUAAAUUUCGAUAUUGUGAAAUGCAUUUUAGUUUGUUCUCCAGGAUUCGUGAGGGAUCAGUUCUACGAGUACAUGUUCCAAAUCGCAGUUAAGACAGAUAACAAGCUUUUACUAGAAAAUAAAGGGAAAUUCAUGCUUGUACAUGCCUCCUCAGGGUUUAAACAUUCAUUGAGAGAGGUUUUGCAAGAUCCAGGCGUUGUCAAUAAGAUAUCUGAUACUAAGGCGGCAGGGGAGGUUAAAGCACUCGAGUCUUUUUAUUCUAUGUUGCAGAAUGAACCUUCCAAGGCCUUCUAUGGUUUAAAACAUAUUGAAAAAGCGAACGAGGCUCAAGCUGUUGAAACCCUACUUAUUUCAGAUAAAUUAUUCAGAUGCCAAGAUGUUAAACUCAGGAAAGAAUACGUGCGAUUAGUAGACUCCAUCCGAGAUUCUGGGGGUGAAGUAAAACUAUUCUCGAGUCUGCAUAUAUCUGGGGAGCAGCUUGAACAGCUAACUGGAAUAGCAGCAAUUUUGAGAUUUCCGAUGCCGGAAUUGGAGGAAGAUAGCGAUGAGGACGAAUGAACAAAUAGGUUAAUUCCAUUGUUAUAUUAGGCACUAAAUCCAAUUUUCUUGCUAGGUCCGUGCCAGACUCUUGAAUUUUAUUCUUAUCAAUUUGAGAAUUGUGAACCAGUUGAUUCGUGAAUUUAGUCAAUGUAUAACUUAAUUUAUUUUAUCCUAUAAUUGAAAAUUGUUGAGGUGAGACAUAUGUUGAGAGAACUUCAUACUGUAUUUUGUAUAAUGUGAUUAUUAUCAUAUGGAAAUAAAUAUUUGAAGUAUA